CAAUAUUAUAAGUUACCGCUAAUUUUAAAAUGGCGGGUAUACCUGAUAAGUCAUGGCAACCUCCGUUUGUUGUGUUGGAAACCACAAUGGGAGUGAUGACCAUAGAACUGUAUUGGAAUGAGGCUCCCAACACUUGCCGCAACUUUGCAGAACUAACCAGACGUGGAUACUACAUUGAUGUUAAGUUUCAUCGAAUAAUUCCAAACUUUAUGAUUCAAGGAGGGGACCCAACUGGCACUGGCCGAGGCGGGGCGUCUAUCUAUGGAAAAACAUUUGAUGAUGAAAUUCAUCCAGAUCUUCGCCACACAGGUGCAGGGAUCCUGUCAAUGGCUAAUGCAGGCCCAAACACUAAUGGUAGUCAGUUUUUCAUCACCUUGGCACCAACACAGUGGCUGGAUGGUAAACAUACUAUUUUUGGACGCAUUUACAGUGGGAUGCAAGUGGUCCAAAGGAUAGGAAAAGUUGCCACAGACAACAGUGAUAGACCUAUAGAAGAUGUGAAAAUUACCAAGAGUUAUAUAAAAAUGAAGUAAACACUUUUGAAAUAAAAUUACUUUUAUUGCAUAGAAGAGGUGAAAUGACUAUGGACUUAGAUAUCAAGCUUGAAAUAUACAAAUAAAACCCACUGACAUUGGUCAUUAUUUGAAGAUGGCUUUUCCUAUUUAGUCUUCUGUCAAUCAGGAAUGACAACUUAUUAUGAAAUCAUUGAUUUUCAUGUGUUUUUAUGUUGAAAAUAUCAUUCAAAGGUUGAUGCAGAUAUCUUGAAGAAAAGAAAAAUUGUUGUAUGUAAAAGGAUGAGAUGUGUCCAAAUAAACUAAUGAUUGAUUAAAAUAAAUAGCCUUUCCAUAAUAAUAAAGUACAUUGUAAUUAUAACUAUACACUUUUGCAGGCUCUGUUACAUGCUUGGUUCGGUGGGUACAGUCUUGUGAGUUACAUUGUUAUUACAUGCUUGGUUCGGUGGGUACAGUCUUGUGAGUUACAUUGUGGAACCAGUAUGA